AUGUUUGGUGAAAAGGUUAUUGAAUUACUGAAGGAAGCGGAAAGAAAUCGCGACACUAUUGACCAGUACAAUGAUGAAAAAGUACGACAGAUCAUCGAAGAAAUGCACGUGCUGUUUAAAAUGAAUAUGGCCGACGCGAAUGCAACCACAGAAAACAAAUCGCUUUGGACAACGGUUCAGGUCAGGCAUUCGGCCCUAGAACGAAACAAGCGGUGCCUCCUCGCGUACCUCUACAGUCGAAUGAACAAAAUAAAGACCUUGCGUUGGGAGUUCGGCUCAGUUCUACCCCCAGACGUGAGAGAACUGCUAUCUGACAGCGAAUACGAAUGGUUCUCGAAAUAUUCCACAAACCUAGCGUCCUACAUGAGAUCUUUAGGACAGGAUAUAGGGUAUAGUGGGAUUGACUUGACGGAAAACCUGAGGCCACCGAAAUCAUUGUAUAUAGAAGUUUUAUGUUUAACCGAUUAUGGCAAGUUGGAGCUGGAGGACGGUGAUGUGAUACUCUUGAAGAAGAACAGUAGACACUUCCUACCUACUUCCGAGUGUCAGACCCUCAUACGUCAGGGAAUUUUAAAGCAAAUUAUGUAG